GAGACGUGAGGACGAGAAAAAAAACCUAGUAAAACCUGACAAAGCGUCUGAGAAGCAGAGCGAGGGCUGUCCGCGGCAGGAAGGCGAGAAAGACGCACUUUUUUUGCGGCGAAACGCACGCUGAUGGAUCUUAUGACAUUUUGCGCCGGACAACUGUCUCGCCGCGCGUCUUAAACGCAGCUCGUAGGCGCAAAGUUUGCGUGUAGUUUGACAAGUGCGCUUCUCGGGGAACGCGGGGCAUGUUCUGCGCCCUGGAAGAAACUUGGUGACGGGGAGGAAAGUUUCUGGGAGACAGCGGUCUGGGUUUUGGAGCUGUUAUCGAGGGAUAACGCGUCUGCGGCGGGAUUGGCUCGGCUGGCGGUGGACUACGAUGCCAGUGGUGUUUGGAAUAUAACCUCAGAUCUGAUUUGAUGCCGGCUGAUGGUGGAAUAGUAAACUGAAAAGCAGGCAGCGCCUUGCAGAUCCUUCUCUUGCUUUUUUUUUUGGUGCAUUGUGGAGUUGGAGACAUUCCUCCCUCUGGAUUCAGCUCAUGCUCUCUCCUCCCUUAUCUGUGCAUGCCAAAACAGAGAUCUCCACGAUUUGAAUCCUCCCUGCCCAGGUGAUUGGGUGAAUUCUAAGGAGUGACAGGCUGACCCGGCAGCAGUUGAUGGUUGGCCGGUCCCCCUCAGAUGGGAUCAGUGUCCAGGGGGAGGUGGAGAAGGGGGGCAUGGGGAGCGUGGGCCCCCACUAGUGGGAUGGGCUCGUGGGCCUGGCUGCUGGCUGCUGUCCUGCUGUCUCUGCUGACGGUCGGCGUGGCCAGGCCGCCCAUCACUGCUACCAAGGAGGAGGAGGCCACCCUCGAACCCGAAGAGGCGUCCAACAAAUACCAAAUUUCUAAGCCCACGGUGUGCUCAGUGCACCCGGGGGAGGUGCUGAAGCUGAGCUGCCCUCUGCCGGCGACGGGGACCAUCACCUGGACCAAAGACGGCAGCUCUCUGGGCACCAACAACCGUACGCUGAUAGAGCAGGAGGUGCUGCAGAUCCGUGAUGCCACGCCCAAGGAUUCGGGCCUGUACGCCUGCACCAGCGUGGGCAAAGACACGGUCUGCUUCAUAGUGAAUGUCACAGAUGCCAUCUCGUCGGGGGAUGACGAGGACGAUACAGAGCGCUCGGAGGAUACUGGGGCGGACGGAAAGCAGUUAAGCCCUCCGUACUGGACCUCAUCGGCCAAGAUGGAGAAGAAGCUGCACGCGGUGCCGGCUGCCAACACGGUCAAGUUCCGCUGCGCCGCAGGGGGCAACCCCGAGCCCACGCUACGCUGGCUGAAAAACAGCAGGCCGUUCCGCCAGGAGGACCGCAUGGGAGGGUACAAGGUACGGAGCCAGCACUGGACCCUCAUCAUGGAAAGCGUGGUGCCGUCGGACAAGGGCAACUACACCUGCCUGGUGGAGAACGAGUUUGGGUCCAUUAACCACACCUACACCUUGGACGUAGUAGAGCGGUCGCCCCACCGGCCCAUCCUCCAAGCGGGUCUGCCGGCCAACACCACCGUUCGCGUGGGAGAGGACGCCCGCUUCGUCUGCAAGGUGUACAGCGACGCGCAGCCGCACAUCCAGUGGCUGAAGCACAUCACGCAGAACGGCAGCAGCCACGGCCCAGACGGGCUCCCCUACGUCCGAGUGCUGAAGACCGCAGGUGUUAACACCACAGAUAAGGAGAUAGAGGUUCUCUACUUGCCCAAUGUAACAUUUGAAGAUGCUGGGAACUAUACGUGCUUGGCGGGUAAUUCUAUUGGGAUCUCCUUUCACACUGCUUCGUUGACGGUGCUUCCAGCCCUUGAGAAAACCCCGGAACCCAUUCCCCAAGAUUACCUGGAGAUCGCAAUAUACUGCGUGGGCGUCUUUCUCAUCGCCUGCAUGGUGGGCAUCGUGGUGGUGUGCCGCAUGAGGAACACCGCCAAGAAACCCGACUUCGGGGGCCAGCCGGCCGUCCACAAACUGAGCAAGCAGAUCCCUCUGCGCCGCCAGGUAACAGUGUCAGCAGACUCAAGCGCGUCCAUGAACUCCAACACGCCGCUGGUGCGCAUCACAACGCGGAGGAGCUCAGCACACGAUGAGCCCAUACCUGAGUACGAUCUCCCUGAGGAUCCGCGAUGGGAGUUUGCCCGAGACAGGUUGACCCUGGGCAAGCCGCUGGGCGAAGGCUGCUUCGGCCAAGUUGUGAUGGCAGAGGCCCUGGGCAUCGAUAAGGACAAACCCAAAGAGGCGGUGACCGUGGCUGUGAAGAUGCUGAAAGACGAUGCCACUGAGAAAGACCUGUCUGACCUGGUGUCAGAGAUGGAAAUGAUGAAGAUGAUUGGCAAACACAAGAACAUCAUCAAUCUGUUGGGGGCCUGCACGCAGGAUGGUCCUCUCUACGUGAUCGUGGAGUACGCCUCCAAAGGUAACCUGCGGGAGUACCUCCGCGCUCGCCGGCCGCCCGGCAUGGAGUACUCGUACGACAUCGCCCGCGUCUCCGACGAGCAGCUCACCUUCAAGGACCUGGUCUCCUGCACUUACCAGGUGGCGCGAGGGAUGGAGUACUUGGCGUCGCAGAAGUGUAUACACAGGGACCUGGCCGCCAGGAACGUCCUUGUCACGGAGAGCAAUGUCAUGAAGAUCGCUGACUUCGGCCUGGCCAGAGACGUCCAUAACAUCGACUACUACAAAAAGACGACCAAUGGCCGUCUCCCGGUGAAGUGGAUGGCUCCAGAGGCCCUGUUUGACCGGGUCUACACGCACCAGAGUGACGUCUGGUCGUUUGGGGUGCUCAUGUGGGAGAUCUUUACCUUAGGGGGCUCCCCCUACCCCGGCAUCCCUGUUGAGGAGCUCUUCAAGUUGCUCAAAGAGGGCCAUCGCAUGGACAAGCCCGGCAACUGCACCAACGAGCUGUACAUGAUGAUGAAAGACUGCUGGCACGCCAUCUCCUCCCAGAGACCCACGUUCAAGCAGCUAGUGGAGGAUCUGGAUCGCAUCCUCACCCUCAGCACCAACGAGGAGUAUCUCGACCUGUGUGCCCCGGCAGAGCAGUAUUCCCCCAGCUUCCCCGACACUCGCAGCUCCUGCUCCUCCAGCGACGACUCAGUGUUUUCCCACGACCCCCUACCGGACGAGCCCUGCCUCCCCAAGUACCAGCACAUCAACGGAAACGUGAAAACAUGAGCCCCCACCCAUCCUCUCUACCCCAAGUCGAGCUGCCCUAGUCUUACGCCUGAAAGGACCCAAAACAGAUGUAGCACAGGCACCCUCUCCUCUCUGAAACUCUGCCCCCUCUACAGUCGCUUCCAGUGGAGCGAUGGACCCGGAUGGGACCGGGCUGGUGGCAGCGCUGCUGUCACACACUUACACUGCCAUGCACUCAUACUACGUACACUACAUCGUCACAUGAGGUCUUAAAUGGGAGGACAGGGACCCUGCAGAAGCGAAUUUACUGACUGCAUAAGUCCCACUCCUCGGGGGACCUCCUCCCUCCUCCUCCUCCUCCUCCUCUCCCAAAACAAAGACUUUUCGUUUUGGUUGUCAUAUUUUUACCCAGAGAGUUUUUUUUAAACAUUACUUCUUUGGUGAUCUCAUUCCAGUGGCUGGCAUUCCAAGAUUGUUAUUUGCUCCUGGAGGAAUGUAUGGACUGAUAUGAUCUCCUCAAAAGGAGAGGCCGAAGGAGGAGGACAAAUAGGAAAAGCAAAGAACUGAGGGACACAGCUCUGACUAACAAAACAGAGCAAUGGGAGGAGAGCACAUAUAGAAACUCCUCUCCAGUUUAUUUUGUACAUUUAUUGCAUUUCUUUUUCAGUUGUCUUGAUAAAAAAACUUCAAUUAUUCUGGAGAAAAAUACACAGUAUAAUGUAUAGUGCUGGGUAUAUUUGUAAAUAUAUUCAAAUAUGUAUAAAUAUAUAAAUAUAUAUUUACAGUGAGUUAUUUUUUGUAUGGACUCUGAAAUAACCCCAUCCUUCUUUCCCCUCUAUGAGUUUAACAGGUGAAGUGUCCUAUAUUUCCUUUCACACACACACGCUUACACAUACAGAAACAUAAAUACACAAUUUAAUAUACACACAUCCGUUUUACUCUCACUCAGUAACACAGUUGAGUAUUGGCUUUCAGGGACUGAGGUAGCACGUUAAUUUAUUGACUUAUGUUUUUUUAUGAAUUAAAAAGGUCUGGGAAACAGAAAAAAACAAUAUGGCAGAAUUUAUGACAUUAAUGACGCUGAUAAUACAUGAAUAAUCCAUGAAAUGUGUGGUAAUUUAAAAUGGUCUUUCAGCAGUUACAGAAAAAAGUAUUUUUAGAGGGUUUGAAAGAUCCAGGUUUUGUAAGUUUUAUAUGAAUGUGAAUAUUAAGUUAAAGUUAAAAACUGUACAUUUUAUAGUCAGCUAAUCCCUUGUAUGUAUGUAUGUAGACUACAAUGCCGUUUCUAUCCAGCCAUUUUACUCUUUCGUAGCUUUGCUUUAGGAAAAGAAAUUGAUUUGUUGAUAUUUAUAUAUGAUUGAUAUGAGUAAAAGAUUUUUGGAAAUAACUACUAGCAAUCCACUCCCUCAUUUAGACUAAAAAUAGAAUCCAAAUUUACCUGACAGGAGCUAAAUCUAAAAAACAAAGUAUUAAAUCAUCAGAUGUUUUAUUUGUUUUGUUUUGUUUUCUACUGGACCAACUUUAACAUGUUCUCUUGCAAGUGUUCACAUUUGCAAAAUAAACAAUGUAAAAAAUG